AUGCAAGCUCUCGAGGGUUCCUCGCUCGAAUGGACCUGCUUCCUCAAUGGAUUUCUCUCCGACUACUUCGUUAUGCCUCGCGGAAAGUCGCAUAUGACGCCUCUAGUGGUUUUGGUCGACAUGAUGCACAACAAGGCUACCGUUCCAGGCUCUGGGUCAGUUCCUGUUGUUUUGGCGUACAGCUUCGACAUUGCAAAGUUUGUCGUCAAAGCUCUGGGUCUGGAUCACUGGGAAAAGGAGAUGUAUGUCAUUGGGGAUAGGUUGACUCUGACCGAGGUCGUGGCUUUGGCAGAAAAGACCAAGGGAGCCAAGUUCAGCGUUACGCACGACUCGAUGGGGAAUUUGCAAGCCGGGGAAGUCUGUGAACUUCCGGCACACAAGGCUUACUACCCUCAUUUCCCUAAAGACCAACUACAAGGGCUUCUGGCUUUCCUUGGCAUUAUAUGGGAAUCGGGCAAGUGCAAUCUCAAGCCUGAUAACCCACUCAACCAGAGGUUUCCCGAGAUAGAGACAGCUACUGUUGGGUCUUUAUUCCAGUCAGCUUGA